AGGAAGGCGGGGCUGGGGCUCGGACGGCGGGGCGGGAUCGGAGUCAGGCCCUCGGAGAGAGCUGGUUUUUCCCGUCCCUGCUGCCUGAGUCACGGGAGCUUGUGCGCCCCAGCCCCGCCCCCCCUCGCCCGGCCUGCGAUGAGGCAGCUGCGUGGAAGGGGCUGACGUGUGCAUCAGGUUCAUCGAGCCUCAACCCAGGUUCCACCAUGGCCUCCCAGACGCACCCCCUGCAUCCCCCACCUCCCUGCCCUACUUCCAAUGGGAGCACGGGGGCCAGAGGUGGGCAGCUGGCGGGCAGCCCCAAGACAGCUCCAGGUGACACUCGCCUGAAGCCGCCGGUCGGGCCCAAACCCCGCACACUGCCCAAACCGGCUGUACCAGCCAAGCCCUGCACCCCGCCGCCAUCCCCUGUGUCACGGCCCCCCCGCCUCGAGUUCCCCUCUGCUGAGAAGAUCAACCUGCUGGCGGGUCCCAAGCCGUAUGGUGGCAGCAGCACCGCCCUUAAACGCCUGUCCUUCGGCCUCAAGAGCCCCCCGGCGGAGACCUCCAAUGUGAAGGGGGCACCGCCACCCGCAGCCAGAGCCCUGUCCUGUACCACAGAAGAGAGAUCGCUGGCUCCUGUGACGCCCCCUGCUGGCGGGCCCCUCGGAGUUCUCAAGGGCGCUGCCCCGUUCAAAGUGAAGCCGGUGCCGGUGGUGGCCAAGCCGGAGCGCUUCCCCGGAACCACGGUGGAAGAGAUCUUGGCCAAGAUGGCACACCCCCGCAAAGAGGGGCCAGGCAGUCCCGACCUGGCCUGGGGCCGGCGCUCAACCUUCAGCCCUGACAGCAGCUCCCGCUUCGGGCCCAAAAGCUAUGCUGCCUUCCGGAGACAGCCUAGCGCUGAGGGAGGGGAAGGUGACGCUGUCGCCCCUGGCUUUGAGGCCUCCUGGGAAUCUGGGCUCCCGGGAGCUCAGGAGAGCAGAGUGUCCUGUGGGGACAAGCCGGUCGCUGGCAGGAUGAAGAGAGAAGGAAGCCCGAGUCCCAUUGGAGAACGCCUGCUAGAGUCCCCAGAUGGAGAAGCAGAGAGAGACCCUGGCACAGCCUCCAGGAAAAGUGGCUCCUCCCCGGCCGGCGCCAACUGCGACGGGGACCAGUCCGGACGCAGGAAGCCGCCAUCCCCCCCUGGUUUCUCCUUGGCCCGGACCUGCCCCAUCCCCAUGGCUUCUGCUGAGCUCCCCUUUGGGGCGGCCCCCAACACCUCUGCUGGUCUUGCCUGGGCCCCAGGGACCCCCAUCCUCCCUGCCGAGCAUCCUGCCUCAGCCCCGGGGUCCUCCGCUGUGCCUGCCGAGCUCCCCGCCCUUGGUUCUACCCCUGCCCACACUGAGCUCCUCUCCAAGGUCGGGCCCGGCUUCCCAGGCACCCCCGAGUCUCUGGCUAAAAUCCCCAUAGGGCUACUCCCGGCCCCCGAUGCCCCAGACAUUCCAGCUGAGCCCUGCCCCAGAAUCUCCCGCUCCUUGAGGUCUCUGGAGGUUCCUGGUGAGGGGUCCCCACCUCCGUCUGGCCUCUCUGCAGGCCUGGCACCAGGCACUCCGGAUGCCUCCACAGAGCUCCCUGAUAGCCCCCCUGAUGCCCCUGCCAGGCUCCCCCACAGCCCACCUGAAGGGCAGGCCCUGGCACCAGGUGCCCAUGAUGCCCCCACAGAGCUCACCCACAGCCCCCCUGCAGGGUGGGCCCUGGCACCAAGCCCCCCUGAUGCCCCUGCUGAGCUGCCCCCCAGAAUCACUCACUCUCCAGGGGCCCCUGAAGCUCCUGUUCCAUCCCCAGACACCCCCAAUCUGUGUCCUAAGCUCCCCACCAGAGUCUCUCGGUCUCCGGGGUCCCCUGAUGGACCCACUGAGUCCCUGGUGUCCCCAUAUAGCCCCCCAUCUCCUGAGCGGGGCUCCCCUUCACCCCUCAGCAAUGCGGAGCCAUAUGUGGGGCCUGCACCAGCGGACGAGAGCGCCCAGUGGCCACAGCUGGGGCUACGGCGCUCCUCAGACGGGGUGGUGCAGCUGCCAGACAAGGGGCUAGGAAUGGGAGUGCUGGGGGGCUCCCUGGCUGCCCUGCCUCGAGGAGGGCCCCCCCACUCCGGGCCACCCCUGGAGGGUGAGUCCAACUGGACCCUGUCGCAGUCGUUCGAAUGGGCGUUCCCAUCUCGGACUGCAGAGUGGGAGCCCCCCAGGUCCCCCAUCAGAGAGGCGGAUGACUCCGGCCUCUCUGAACAUGGGGACUCGGAUGGGGAGGGCGCGGCCCCCGCCCCCAAAGGGUCUGAGGAAAGGAGCAGCUCAGAGAGGCUGAGGGUGGGGCAACUCAGUGCUGCCCUGGAUUGGCAGGACGCUGAGGCUGCUGGGAGUUCUGCCCACCUAGAUGGUGCCACGGGGGCCCCAUGUAAUCAGGGAGCAACUGAGGUGGGGGGCCUGGAGGCCACGAGUCCUGGAGGCCCCGUGGCACAAACGGAGCCGCCCGUGGCUGAGCUGAAGGGCCCUGCAGUGGUGGAUGAGGCGGGCACUAACUGGGAGGAGCAGGGCAGGCCACUGCUGGAUGUCCCCCUGCGGCUGACCGAGCCGAAGCCAGGCCAGGAGAGAACCGCCCCCAUUCUGUUGUCUGAUGCUCCCCGGCCAGCUGGUGCCGACCAAUGCCAGGAGGACAACUUGGUGCUGGGCCUGGCGCCGGCGGGGAGCUGCCAGGAGGGCCCGAGGCCGGGCGAGGCGGGUCCUGAGCCGCAUCCCAAUGCGCGCUGGCUGGAUGAGCUGCUGGCAUCGCCCCCACCCAGUGCUGAUGAGACCAAGAGAAAGGGCACACCUGAGCCCAGGGACCCUGCAGGGCCAGAGGAUCUCCUCGGCUGGUCGCGGAAGGAUCUGUGCAGCGAGUUCGGAAUCAGAGGGGCCCACCGGGCUGGUGAGUUUGGCUGGGCCACCGAGCCCAGCACUGGGAAGACAGACUGGCCCAGCAGUUACAGAGCCAGUGAGACGGAGCAGGAUCGGGAGUUUGGCACUGGCACACAGGACUGGAGCGGCUCAUACAAAGAGACGGAGCUGCUGGGUGAUUCCAGUGUGGGGCACGGAAACUGGCCCGAUGCCUACGGCAUUGGGGACGGCUGCCGGAAGGAAGGAGAGUUCAACUCCGGCAACCCAGACUGGAGCAGCCAAUACAACACUGGUGGUGCUGACAGCCCGGAUGGGGAGUUCGGUACCAGGAAACUGGACUGGACCAGCACCUACGACAUUGGGGACAGCACCCAGCAGGACAAGAGGUUCAGUACCGGCAAGCCAGACUGGACUCCUGAGUACAGUGUCGGUGAUACAGCCCAGCAGGAUAGAGAGUUCGGUACCAGCAAGCCAGACUGGACCCACGAGCCCAGGGUCAGUGAUACAGCCUGGCAGGAUAGAGGGUUUGGCACCAGCGAGCCAGACUGGAGCUAUGAUCAUGGUGGUGGUGAUACAGACCAGCCGGAUAGAGAGUUUGGUACCAGCAAGCCAGACUGGAUCAACAUGUACGGUGCUGAUACUGACCAACAAGGUAGAGAAUUGGGUACCAGCAAGCCAGACUGGACCCACGAGCACGGUGUUGGAGAUACGGACCAACAGGAGAGAGAGUUGGGUACCAGCAAGCUAGACUGGACCCGUGAGUACGGGAUCAGUGAUACUGACCAUCAGGGGAAAGAGUUUGGUGCUGGGAAGCCAGCCUGGACCCAGGAGUGCAGUGUCAAGGCCAAUGGGCAGGGUAGAGAGUGGACCUGCGAAUAUGGUGUUGGCAAUACCACCCAGCAGGACAAGCCAGAUUGGACCCGCGAGUUCGGUGUUGGUGAUGGUGCCCGGCAGGACAGAGCUUUCAGCCCUGACAAGCCAGCUUGGUUUGGUGAAUAUGGCAUUCACCAUACAGACCGGGAGAGUGCCUUUGGCUCUGGUGUUGGAGACUCCGACAGCACGGCCCAAGAGCCUGGUGCCAGGAAGCCUGGGUGGAGUGGCACCGACUGGCAGGAGAGCAAGUUCCCCUUCGCUAGGAGGGAUUGUGCCAGUGAUUUCAGGAUCAGAGGAGCUGAGCACGAAAGCCAGUUUGGCGUCAUUGGGACUGAGCGGGCGGGUGGCUUUGGCUUGAGCGCUUUGGAACCAUCUGGUGCCGUCGGGACCCUGGGCCCAGCAGAGCAUGGAGAGAGCCGGACUGACUGGGCGGGCUAUACCAGGACUGUGGACCUGGAUGAGCCAAGAGAGGCUGGUGUGGGGCAGUCCGACUGGACCCAAGAUCUAGGCCUCAGUGGCACAGAUCCCUCUGUCGGCCUGGGAGCAAUCAGUCCUGAGGAGCCCAGCGGGGGAUGGAUGGAUUGGACAAACGAACUGAGCAUGAGCAGCAUGGAUCCCUCCAGCAGUCUGGGGGCGGGGGGCGCCGAUACACCCAGAGAGCCUGGCGUGGGGCAGCCAGAUGGGGCCAGCGACCUUGGCCCGGGAGGCCCGGCCACAGCCAGUGGCUUCGAGAGCGUGGGACCGGCAGAGACCAGAGCGAGACAGACUGACUGGAGCCGUGAGCUUGGCUCUGGGGAUGAGGGCUCCGCUGAGACCAGGGAGGCUGGAGCAGGGCAGAUGGACUGGGCCAGCGAGGUCGGGAUCGUACAUGGGAAACAAACCUAUGCCGCAGCCAUGGCUGGCUUGGAGCCACAUGGAGACAGCAGUGGCCCUGGCAGCCCCCGGCUCUCCGGCCCGAGCCCCCUGCUGGAAGAGAUGUUGGCCAAGGCGGCAGCCCAGCACAAGAGCCCCGGAGAGGAGAGGGGGCCACCCCCUGGACCCAACGGCCACCCCCGCCCCUUGCCACUGGAGGAGGAUGGCGGGCCCAGGCCCGAGGGGGAUGGCGCGCCCAGCCCCUCAGAUGCCACGGAUGGGGGCUGGCUGCCGAUAGAAGUGAGGAGGCUGAGCCAGCCAGGGCGCCGCGGGAGCCAGCCCUCCCCACCAGACGAGGACUUCACCUUCCUGGAGGACAUGGAAGUUCUUGACAGUGCCAUCUACCGGAGCAGAGCCAACCUGGGCCGCAAGCGAGGUCACCGGGCGCCGGCCACACGCCCCGCAGGCAGCCUGGGGCUGUCUGAGGUGGAGGCGGCCGACUGGAUGUUCCGGGACUCCACAGAGCCCAGAGCGGUGCGCUGGGCAUCUUCAGACGAGGAGGUGGCGGAGGAGCCCCAGAGCAGGCGGGCACGGCCCUCGCCAGCGGCCAAGGGGGUGAAGGUGCCACUCUUCCCGGGCCUGAACCCCUCAGCUCUCAAGGCCAAGCUGCGGGGCCGGAACCGCUCUGCGGAAGAGGGGGCCCAGCUGGGGGAGGCCAAGCCAGCCACGCCCAAGGAGUCCCACGUCCAGCGCUCCAAGUCCUGCAAGAUCCCCGGCUUGGGGGGGAAACCCCUGGCGCUGCCCCCCAAGCCAGAGAAAUCCUCAGGGUCAGAUGCCACCUCGCCCCACUGGCUGCAAGUGCUGAAGCUGAAAAAGAAGAAAUCCUGAUGGCCCCAUUCAGGCAUUUCUCUCCUGCUGCUGGGGCUGGGACAGCUGACUCUCCAAAGAGGCUCGUCGGGAUGGAAGGGACGGCGCAGUGAUUGGAGACCCCCUCCCGCCUGCCUGCCCACCCCCUGUGCACAGCUGGGACCCCCGGCAGGGCAGUUUGGGGGUGGGAGUGGGGGCAGGGAAGGCACAUCUAUGCACUUUGUAUCACGCUCGCUCCCUGAGCUGCCGGGUCCCUCUGUCCCCGCCCCCGCGAGCUGGCUGCUUCCUUCGCUCUGUCCUUUAUACCAUGUACCUGGUCUAAAUCCUCUAUUAUUUUGUAAUCGGUGACAGGGCCUGGCCCUGACCCUUCCCCCUUCCCCGCUGAGCCGGGGGCGGGGGGAGCCCCGGGGCCAGGGCGUUCGCUCGCUCUCUGCUGCUAUCCUACACUUUCCUGGCCAAGAGCAAUGGAUUAUUUUUUCUAUGCCACUUGAUGAGACAAUAAACGAUUUCUGGUAA